GCAAUUGAAGGAAUAAUUCGUCAAGGUCUUUCUCUUGCAGAAGAAAACACUGAAAACUCUCUCAAGGAAUGUACAUUUCAACCGUUACUUUGGCCACUUUGGUCAUCAUUCCAGUGUUACUGAAAAUAUUUGCCCCCUACUUUUGGGAGGAUGUUUUCUACUUAAAGGAGUUGGUUCGGAUUUUACUCACGUUUGUUUCACGCAGAAAGAGAAGACCUUUAUUUUUAGCUGUAGAUCGAUUUAUAGAGCAGUCGGCCCUACACCCUAAUAGGACAUUUAUCUUGUUUGAAAACAAAUCCUAUUCAUAUCAGGAUGCGGACAAAGAAAGCAACAAAAUUGCGAAUGCUUUACGAUCGCAUGCUUGUUCACAGUCGGGGGAAACGGUGGCGCUCUUCAUGAGGAACGAACCUACAUUUAUGUUUACGUGGCUUGCACUCGCAAAACUCGGAUGCCCAGUGGCUUUUCUUAAUCACAACAUCAGGUCGAAGUCGUUGCUUCAUUGUUUCAGCUGCUGUGAUGCAAAAGUCCUCAUUGCGGCUGUAGAUCUUGAGGAUGCUCUGACAGAAAUCAAGACAGCGUUGGAGGAGAAGGGAGUUUGUGUGUUCAUUAUGACUAAAGAGUGCAACACCCCUCAGUUUAUAAGCUUCACAGACAAAGUUGAAUCUGCCUCUGAUUUGCCCGUAUGUCGUUCACUCCGCUCACAGAUCACCUUCAAAAGCCCUGCUGUGUAUAUUUACACAUCUGGUACAACAGGCCUUCCCAAAGCAGCCAUGGUCAGCCAGACCCGUCUGUUGGCUGCACUCGCGGUGUUGGCUUCCAAUGGUGUCACUGCAGGGGAUGUCAUCUACCUCAACCUGCCUUUGUACCAUACAGCAGGUUUCCUCAUUGGAUUUAUAGGAACCAUUGAAACAGGUUCCAGUAUCGUUUUACGAAGAAAGUUUUCAGCUUCACAGUUCUGGGAUGAAUGCAGAAAGUACAACGUCACAGUUAUCCAGUACAUAGGAGAGGUCAUACGCUAUCUUUGCAACACACCAAAGAAACAAAAUGAUAAAGACCAUAAAGUGAGACUUGCCAUUGGCAAUGGCCUUCGCACAGACGUAUGGAGGAAGUUUCUGAAUCGUUUUGGCAAUAUUCAAAUUCGAGAGUUCUAUGCAUCCACUGAGGGAAAUGUGGGAUUUGUCAACUACAUCGGCAAAAUUGGUGCAAUUGGCCGCGUCAACCUUUUCCAUAAGACACUUUUUCCUUAUGCCUUGAUAAAAUACGAUACUGAGAGAGAUGAACCAAUGAGGAACGCCAAAGGUCUCUGUAUCAAAGCGCCCAAGGGAGAGACCGGACUGCUGGUUUCAAAGAUAACAGACAUCGCUCCUUUUGUGGGAUACGCUAAUAACCAACAACAGACCGAGAAGAAGAGGCUUCGAAAUGUUUUUAAAAAUGGGGACCUGUACUUCAACAGUGGAGAUCUUUUGAGAAUCGAUUCGGAAAACUUCAUCUAUUUCCAGGAUCGUGUUGGAGACACAUUUAGGUGGAAAGGAGAAAAUGUGGCAACAACUGAAGUCUCAGAUAUUGUAACAAUGAUUGACUUUGUAGAGGAGGCCAAUGUGUAUGGAGUUCAAGUUCCAGGCCAUGAAGGGAGAAUUGGGAUGGCUGCGAUAACCAUCACAAAAGGAAAAGAGCUGGACUGUAAGAACAUGUUCAGCCAUGUUGCUAGUUAUCUCCCUGCAUAUGCCCAACCACGUUUCAUCAGAAUACAGAAUUGUGUUGAGGUUACUGGAACGUUCAAGCAAAUGAAGAAGACGUUAGUGGAAGAAGGCUUCAACCCCACCUUGGUAACGGAUCCCCUUUUUUUCCUGGAUGACAAAGACAAGAGUUAUGUACCUAUGACUGAGGACAUUUUUCAGGCAAUUGUGUGCGGAAAUAUCAAGUUGUAAUCAGAUAUGACAUGCACCAUUCCUUUGCAUUAGCUUGCUCUCUAGAUUUGUACGUGAGAAUUAUAAUGGAUAUUUUCUGUGCAUUGUUUUUAUUUCUUUGUAUGAUUUCACCUCAGGGACUAUGUUUAUAUUUCCCCCAAGACAACAUUAUGUGUUAGUAAUGCCUAGAGAAAUGAACAGAAAUAGCAUCAAAGAAUCUUUUUGAAUCUUACUUUUAAAUUGAAAAAAAAAAAAAUGCUUAUAUCUAAAUUGUACUGGCAAAUAUCUGCAGAUAUCCAUGUACAAAGUUAGUGACCCCAUUCCAUUACCUUGUAUGAUUCAAGGACAAUUUCAAUUCCCUGAUAGUGUAUCUUAGAACUUGCAGAUAAAGAGGUUAAACAUUGA